AUGAGACUCUCGGCGGCGGCGGCUUCAUCUCUACCCACCCACAGAUCGUUCUUCGAGCGAGAUGAGGACUUCUCCCUUUUGCAGGUUGCUGUUGUCCAUGACAGAGCUGACCGACCUAACGGCGUCGCUAAGCCAGAUCAGACCGUCGAAGCUGGCUGGACGCACUAUCCUGUGCUUCACAAAGGACAUCCCAUUCUGUUCGCCUUCUACACCACCAAUGGGUAUCGGAGCCAGAGCGACUAUGCGCAUCUACCCGGGCACGCCUAUUUCUGCCCUCUCCGUCGAAGGAGGCAAACAGGAGGAGACGAAAUCAUAUUCAAUCUCCACGACAACUGCUGGUGGCUCUACACUAAUGGGUCGAUACGUCGGCUGAUAUCCUACCUCGCUAUUCGCACCCGAAGGAGUGAAUCCCAAAAACACUCUGGCUACUGCGGCAACCAAUAUUUUGCUGUAUGGGGAGGUCUGCAACAGCGGCGAGCGGUUUACAACCACUGA